UAAAAAGAGUCGCUUAGUUCAAAGCUAAAUCUAUGCAAGUCAAGUAGGUGUGGUGAUUUCACUGUGUACUAUAUGAUUAAUCAUUCAGCGAGUAGCUCGGUGUUUAUCACCAAACGAAACUUCUUGUAGAGUUUGCGAGAAUCAAGGGUCACACUGACCGCCUGACUGCUAGUGGCUGGUGGAUAUGUCCCUGCCUCAUCUUUCAUCUGGAUGCCAUCAGGUGGUAAAUAAAAAAACAACUAAGUUGCAAACCUGCAUAGAUAGACAGAUAAAUUUUUCACACCAACAUGCAAAAAUGAUAACUGAUAAGAUGCUUAGAUUAGUUUUGUCUGUAUGUGUACACUGUGAUAAGUUCGUGUGCAGCAGCGAUGCGAAUGGGCAAAAACUCAGCGAUUUAUUCAUUCAUUGAGUAAAUCGUUGAUUUCCAAUUUUGCCCCAGAUUAUAAUUUACUUCGCCAUCCGUUGAAUAAACCAUCGCGCUAAUAUCAUACUUCGUUAACCUCGCGAGAAGUUAUGUAGUUGAUGUUAUUUUGUGAUCAUUUUGUAGAAGUAGAUAUAGUUCAAGAGUAGAUAGUGUGUGCGGAGAAGCUUUGAAAUUGCUGCUAUUCUGAUUCUGGUUGACUAAACAUAUUUGAUGGCAAACUGUCAAGAAUUCCAGGACACAUUGGAAUGUGGUGCAUUCGUACUCUGAAUUAUAAUAAUUUCUCAGGUAACCAUGACGACCGGUUUGGAUCGAGACACGAUACGGGCAGCGUACGAGGACGUCCGCUCCGACACCUCACCUACAGAAUGGGCGGUAUUCAAGUUCGAAGGCGCCCGGAUAGUGUGCUCAGCCCACGGCAGCGACUUCACAGAGUUUCGCACGCAGUUCUCAGACGAUGACCGCGCGUUCGGUUACGUUAGGUUGCAAAUGGGUGACGAGAUGUCGAAACGCAAGAAGUUCAUGUUCGUCACGUGGGUGGGUCCGAAUGUAUCCGUCAUAAACAGAGCCAAGAUGUCCACCGAUAAAGCCAUCAUCAAAGACAUUAUCUCCAACUUUGCUGUAGAAUUACAACUGGAGAGUCAAGCUGAAAUAGACAUCGACCAAUUCAAGGAUGCGUUGAAUAAAGCAGGUGGAGCCAACUACGGGACAGGCAUCAGAGAUUUAUGAAUUGCACAAUGAAUCAAUAGCCUCUCUUGCCAUUUUAUGUAUUUUUUUAUAAAACACAUAGGUAAUUUUUAUAACAUAAAAAUCAUCGGCAAGAAAUUGUACGUACGGAAAAUGACUGACUAAUCCGGUCUUAAUUUAUCUUUUUAUACUGUAGUCAUGUGCUUUUGAUUACUUCUAAUUA